UGUCAGAGUGUUCCUGUGCUGCUUGGUAGUAAACUGUGUGUUUGGUGUUUUGUCGGCUGAUGUCAGGACUUUACUGUGGGAGUGGGACCUGGAGUGGACAGGGACAGUGGCUGAGUGUGGACAGUAGUCAUGCAGUCGUGACUGACCAGCAGGAUGAACUAUCUGCCUCUGACUCUUUAUUUGAUGUCGUUGCUUAAUACCGUGUUCACUUCCCUUCCUGCUCCGGUCAACGUUCAUGUGGACUCUUUGAACUUCAGACAUAUCCUACGCUGGGAGCCGGGGCCUGAAACCCCUAAGGGCACACGCUAUCUUGUCUAUAAGAGCUCCAACAACAACAACAAGCGUACGUUGAUGCGUAAUGUCACAUCAACAUCAGUAAGGUUUAGACUGAAAGAAAAAAACUUGAAGUAUACUCUGACUGUCAUUGCAUCCUACAACGGCACCCUGUCACCGCAACGAAAAGUCUACUUCACCCCUUUUAAACACACACAUUUAGGUCCUCCACAAGUCACACUGGCAGGAUGUGGCAACUGCAUUAAAAUUAAUAUUUCGUUGCCCGAGGCUGAAAAAGAAAUCCAGGAGACAUACGAUCCAGAGUUUAAAAUUGCAUGGAAAAAACGUGGAGGCGAUAAACCAAUCAGCAUCAAAACACCAAACAAGAAUUUCACUCUUGACAACUUAGUACCUGGCACAAAGUACUGCAUACAAGUGACGCUGGAGACAUAUCUAAACGAGAAUGUCAUUCCGUCGAACUGGAGCUGCAUCGACACAAGCAUGUUGGAGCCGCCUAGAGGUGCAGUUUCUGCUGUUUUGAUUACUGUAUUCAGCGUUGUGAUCGUCUUCGUGUUCUCCCUCUACUACACUGGAUUCAUCUGUAAACUCAAGGCUGCUUUGCCCAGAUUUCUGACUAUGGUUCUGAUCCAGGACUACACCCUGACACCAGAGAGGACCAUCCCAGACCAGAUCUUCAUCAACUCAGAGACAGACAGACAGAAAAACCGGUCCGUGAUACCACAGCCUGCCACCGGGGGCGCUCACUCAGAUGAAGAGGAUGAAGAGCAGGAAGAGGAUGAAGACCAGGCCUACAUGAACCGAGACAAUGGGCUAUCGUCGGGAAUUGGCUCCUGCCAGGAAUCCUGCGACGUGUCGGGAAGCAGCAAACCAGUGGCAUCAGUGGACUCUGGGAAUCUGAGCGACAGGAUGUCAGCUGAGGUGGAGGCAGAAGAAGAGUGUGAUGCCCAAGGUGAAGGAGCAGAGGACUCGUUUAUAUCUGGGAGGAGCCAAACAGGAGACACAAAUGAACUGGAGGAGGUGGAGACAGAGGAGGUGUGGGAAAACUCUGGGAGCGUAAACCUGUUCUCAGUCACUCUCGCUGCACUAGAUGGACACAAAGAAGAAGAAGAGGAGGAGGAGGAGGAGGAGGAGGGGGGUGCAAGAGACUUCUUAAAAUCUGAUUUGGAGUCUUUACUUCCCAGAGACACUAAACAUACUCAAGGCCUCAUAGACUCACAAACUGAGACUCAGUCUGACGAUCUGAAAGCAUCAGACUUUAAUGAAACUGGAUAUGAGGGCAAAUGGACAGACACACGGACGUACAGCCUCCAAAACUGUCAGACACAGAGAGAGGAGGAGGAGGAGGAGGAGGAGGAGGAGGAGUUCUCAGGAUACAUGAGUCAUAGAUGAUAUGAUAUGUUUAUUAGAGCUGCUCCUGACCAAAGAUUUUGUUAUUUUGCCGAAAUGGCAAGUUAAAGAAGAAACAAUAACAGCAAAAAAACAUUUACUAGGGUGGUCCAAAACAAUUUUCUUUAAGAUUCUCUGGAUUAGAACCUUGCAUUUGGUUCUAUAUCUGGCCAAAUUACUUCGGUCCAAAUUUUAUGCAAAUUAAUUAAUAUUUAGAGGUUGCACAAGACACGAGAAGAUUGCUCUACAUGCUAUAACAUAACUAACCAAAUGAAUAAGGCAUAUUAGAAUAAUUUGUAAUUUUAUUCUCAAAAUCAAACUGCCACUCGCAUAAAAAUGUUACUUAGAAAGUCCAGCAACCACUGUUGCUUUAU